GAUGGCCACGGAGGAGCUGGCCGGCAAGCUGAGCCGCCGCCUGCGCGUGGAGGGGGGGCCCGAGGCGGCGGCGGAGGAGGAGGAGGAAGAGGGCGAGGCGGAGGGGUCGCCGGGGCCCCGAGCCCCCCCGGCCGGGCAGCUCUCGCCGGCCGGCGCCCACCGCGUCUUCAGCCCCUACGGCGAGUUCCGCGAGUUCUCCCGCCGGCAGAUCAAGGACAUGGAGCGGCUCUUCCGGCAGUACGACGCGGGCAAAGAUGGCUUCAUCGACCUGAUGGAGCUGAAACUGAUGAUGGAGAAACUGGGGGCUCCCCAGACACACCUGGGCCUGAAGGACAUGAUCAAGGAAGUGGACGAAGACGUGGACAGCAAGCUCAGCUUCCGGGAGUUUCUCCUCAUCUUCCGCAAAGCGGCUGCUGGGGAGCUGGAGGAAGACAGCGGCCUGCACGCCCUGGCCUGCCUCUCGGAGAUCGACGUCUCCACCCAGGGCGUCAAGGGGGCCAAGAGCUUCUUCGAGGCCAAAGUGCAGGCGAUGAACGUGGGCAGCCGCUUCGAGGAGGAGAUCAAGGCGGAGCAGGAGGAGAAGCGGCGCCAGGCGGAGGAGCUGAAGCAGCGGAAGGAGGCCUUCAAGGAGCUGCAGUCCACCUUCAGGCAGUAGCUGCCCCCCCCAGCCCGGCCCCCCCCACCACGCCCAUCUGCCCCCCUCCCUGCAAGGACCCCCGGCUGGUGUGUGCGGGUCAGGUGGCCGCUAGA